AUGCGAUGUGCUGCCGAAGCAGCAAGAAAAGCGGCUACACGCAUGCGUGCAGACGAAGAGAGAUAUUCUUUUGCUUCAGCAGCAGGUGAUGCUUCGCCUGCUGUUGCGAACAGUCCACGUGAUGAGUCACCACGUGCGACAGAUACAUCCGCUACGUCUGCAGCGGGUACUGCGAAUCGCAAUGUAGAUAAGCCUGGAAUUGAUCUCAUCUAUUCAGGCGAGUUGGAUGAUGCAUCCGAAUCGAAGGCGACACCUCACGCCUCCGGAUCAUCCGGGGCGGAAACUGCAAGAUCCAGGUUGACUGGCUCUGGGGAACGUGGCGGCAUCAUGUCCGAGAUCUUCGGACCGAGCGAUCUUCUGACGAAUCCUCGCCUCACGCGAGUCCAUACAACGAUAGGACGCGUGGGGAUGGUGGUGAUGCCCCUAUGCAUCACCAUGAGAAAAUUAACUCGAGAGAUCGAGCUGCCACUCGUUUCAGUGAUCAUGAUGACACCACUCAAGAGGCCAAGGAACGCAAUGUCCUGCGCCACGCUCCUCAAGUGGAGUCUUCUUGGAUGCCGCCAUCCAGAGAGUUGGACCGGCUGGCCGGCAUGA